AUGGCGACGUUGGCAAGCUCCCUCGCAUGCCUGUUCUUCACGGUGCAGCAUGUAGCAGCUGUAACUUUUGCCGUCCCUACCCAGGUCGGCACGGGAGGUUACGCAUACGCGCCGCUCGACCCAGCUCCCGUGGGCAUCUCAUUUGAGUUCUUUGCGUUCCCUUCGUACUUCACCAACGUAACGGCCACAAACCAGUGUCUCUCGAACUGGAAGACCUUGACGGGUGUCUGGCCACCUAUUCGCAUUGGAGGGACCACCCAAGACCGAGCGCAGUAUGACCCCGCGACGUCCGCAUACGUGGUGUACACAGUCGCCAGUCCAGCAGACGCACCCGCGAGUCUGACCUUUGGCUCGAGCUUCAUGACCUUGGCGAAUACCUAUGGCGGAUCGGUCGUCGUGGGUCUGAACCGUGGGAAAAACAACAUCUCAAACACCAUUGCCGCGGCAAAGGUGGCGGUUUCGGGAAUGAGCAAUCUACUAGCCAUCGAGCUGGGCAAUGAGCCAGAGUACUAUGCCGGUGCUGGCCAACCGAUCGCAGCAGGAGGAUGGGAUCCUGCCAAAGAUGCCGCGUCUCAGAAUAACUGGGACAUUUUGGUGGGAAGCGCGAUUGGAAAGACAAACAUCAUCCAAGCAGGUAACUCAAACUCGCUGCCGCCAACAUGGGGCGCAGAAGAGCUCAUCGCAACCGAGAAUGCGACAGUGAAGCAAUACGUGAAGACCUAUGCUCACCAUAAUUACCCCGGAGGGACCGUGACCAGCCUCAUGAGCCACAGCAACAUUGCCAACAACCUGCACCAAUUUGACGCAGACAUUGCUGCGGCUCUGGGCCAGGGCAAGCCCUACAUCUUUGGCGAGACAAAUUCGGUAUCCGGCGGAGGAGCUGCCGGCGUGUCACCGACAUUUGGCGCAGCGCUCUGGACCAUGGACUACGCCCUGCGAGCGACGUACAGCAACAUGUCGCGCACGUACUUCCACCAUGGAACCGUAGGCAACUGCCAGUACUGCUUCUGGGGCCGCUACUCCAUGGGCGCGCCAUACUACGGCGCGACGGCGGCCGUGGCGCUGCUCGCGGGGGCCAAGCACCUGACAGCCCUCGACACAGGGUCGACCAACUAUGCGGGCUACGCGACCUUCGACUCCGCGGGGGCGCCCCUGAGGGUGUUGCUGUACAACUCGGACUACUUCGACGGGACCGGCACGCGCUCCAGCCAGUCGUUCGUGCUCACCGGGCUCGCCGCCACCUCGGUCCGGGCCAAGAGGCUCACGGCGGCGAGCGCCCUGUCCCGGCAGGACCAGGGCGGCAACCCCACGUUUGGCGGUCAGACGUAUGGGAAUGGCACUUGUGUGGUUGGCGGGACGGAGACGUACGAGACGGCGGCUGUGUCGGGCGGCCAGGCGACCUUUACCGUCAAGGCAAGUGAGGCGCUGUUGGUGUAUCUUAAAUGA